GGAGCGGCCUCUUCAGCCGGCCGCGGCCGGGCCGGCGCCGUCAGACGGCGGCAUGCGGGUGCUGGGGUUCGCCGCUUUGCUGCUGCUCCUGCCGCCGGUGGCGGCCCACGGCGAGGCGGAGCGACGUUGCUUUUGCCAGGUUACUGGUCUCUUGGACGACUGCACGUGUGACGUGGAGACCAUCGAUGCCUUCAACAACUACAGGCUUUUCCCCAGGCUGAGUGGGCUUCUGGAGAGUGACUACUUCAGAUACUACAAGGUAAACCUAAGGAAGCCCUGUCCUUUCUGGAGUGACAGCAGUCACUGUGGAAUGAGAGACUGUGCCGUGCAGCCCUGCCCUUCCGAGGCAGUCCCUGGGGGAGCCGGGUCCGGGGGGUACAAGUAUUCAGAAGAAGCCAACAACCUUGCUGAAGAAUGUGAAGAAGCCAAGAGACUUGGAGCUGUUGAUGGCUCUUUGAGCAAGGAAGCCCAGGAGGCAGUGCUGCAGUGGACACAGCAUGACGACUCUUCAGACAGCUUCUGUGAAGCUGAUGACGUCUACUCUGCCGAUGCCGAGUACGUGGACCUGCUCCUCAAUCCCGAGCGCUACACUGGCUACAAGGGGCCUGAUGCCUGGAAGAUCUGGAACAGUAUCUAUGAGGAAAACUGCUUCAAGCCUCAGAAUGUAAAAAGGCCUUUGGCAUCUGGCAGAGGAGAUGAGGAAGGGCAUGCGUUUUACAAGUGGCUGAAAGGGCUCUGUGUAGAGAAACGAGCUUUCUACAGGCUCAUCUCUGGCCUCCAUGCCAGCAUCAACAUCCACCUGAGUGCCAGGUACCUCCUGCAAGACACGUGGUCAGAGAAGAGAUGGGGCCCCAAUGUUACAGAGUUCCAGCAGAGGUUUGAUGAAGUCCUCACCAGAGGGGAGGGCCCCAGGAGGCUGAAGAACCUGUACUUUCUGUACCUGAUAGAGCUGAGAGCCCUCUCCAAAGUGCUGCCCUUCUUCCAGCGCCCAGGACUCCGGCUCUACACAGGGAACGCCACUCGUGACGAGGAAGUGAAGGCCCAGCUGCUGGGAGUCCUCCAGCUGGCCCAGUCUUUCCCACUGCACUUUGAUGAGAACUCCUUCUUUGCAGGGAAUCCAAAGGAAGCUGCAAAGCUCAAGGAGGAAUUCAGGCUGCACUUCAAGAACAUUUCUAGGAUCAUGGACUGUGUUGGCUGCUUCAAGUGUCGCCUGUGGGGGAAGCUGCAGACACAGGGCCUGGGUACAGUGCUGAAGAUCCUCUUCUCUGAAAAGUUGAUCGAGAAGGUCCCUGGGAGUGGCCUUCCCUACGGAUUCCAGCUGAGCAGACAGGAGAUCGUGGCCUUACUGAAUGCUUUUGGAAGGAUCUCAACAAGUGUCAGAGAGUUGGAAAACUUCAGAAGUAUCUUAAGAAAUAUGAGAUGAAUUCACUGGGGAAAGAGAGACCUGAGAAGUUCUUCCUGCUUGGCUGCCCUGGCUUGAAAAUGAGCAAACACCAUCCUUGCAUCACACUCCCAAAACCACAGGGUGAAGACCACUUGCUGCACCUCCUCUUCCCAGCUGCUUGUCUGUGACCUGCUGAUGACAAAUACUUUGUGCAAGAGAGACAGGGACACAAAAGGGCUACUUCUGAUGUGGUGUGAAAGUGGGGCUGUAUGAAAAGGUUAUUUUAUGUAGUGGAAGAUCAUUCUGAGUAAGAGCUUUGACUCCUGCUCUGCUGGACUAGGCCCUUCUCUCUGUCUCCAGGAGCUGAGGCAAGAGCCAUGCCAACGAAUAAACUGGGGGGGAAAUUCCUUGUCUGCUCCCUGCUUCCAGCCAGCCCCUUCCUUACACUCUGGAUAUCAGAUAAACCACAAGGGGCGGUAGGAGCUCCUUUGCGUCAGAGCUGCAGCCUACAACAACUGCCUUCCUCAUCCUCAUGAAGCUUUCCCUUGGCACCAGGCUUGUCCUGCUGCUCCCUGCUGCGGGAGCCUCACUUUGUGCUGUAGGCUUCUCCAGUUGCUUCCUUCUUGGAGGUGAGGGGAGAGGGACCAAGGAGCACAGUGGAGGAAUCUGCUGCUCGCUCAGCCUUGUGCCUGCAUCUUCACUAGGAGCCCGGGGGAGCAGUGGUGCUGGGGUCUCGUGGUGUGGUAUAGAGGAGGAGUGUGCCUCAGGGAAGGCGCUGCUGGGCUGUGGGCGCUGGAGGGGAGGAGAGGAGGAGGCUGAGGCAGCCACAAGGUGAGUGCUGGAACCUCUUUCCCUUCCUGCUCCUCCCAGCCUCUUGAACUGAGGUCUCCUUCCCCCACUGCUCUGCCCUAAUGGAGUUGCAGCUGAAGAGCUGGGUCCAGCUCUGGGCUCCACAGUAGAAGAGAGACAGGGAAGGGCUGCAGGGGGCCAGGGGAGGCUACAGAGGCGCUAAGGGGCCGGGAACGUCUCUGUGAGGAGAGGCUCAGAGAUCUGCGGCUGUUUAGUCUGGAGAAGAGCAGCCUGAGAGUGGAUCUGAUCAAUGCUCAGCAAGACUUAAAGGUGGCAUGGGGCCAGAGGAGGGGACCAGACCCUUCUCAGUGGUGCCCAGGGGGCAAUGGACACAAAUUAACUCAUCUGCUUCCAUCUGAACAUGAGGAAAGUCUUUGCUGGGAGGGUGCUGGAGCCCUGGAGCAGCCUUCCCAGAGAGGUUGUGGUGUCUCUGGGGGAGAGACUCAAAACCCAGCUGGAUCCUGUGUUCCUGGGCAAGCUGUUGUGGGUGACCCUGCUUUAGUUGGGGGCUGUGGACUACAGGAUCUCAAGGGUUCCUUUAGUCCCUACCGCUCUGUGCUGCUCUCUGUUCUCGUAUGGGAUCUGUUCUACCAUUGGUGUCCAGGCAGGGCUGAACAUGGAAAGGCUGCACCCCGCAUGGGCUGGCUGCUGCCCAGGGGCUGGAGUGAAGCUGAAGUUUGCCACUGCAGUGACAAGCAGCUGGAGAAGUAGACCAGCGAGUGCCUUGAGCACUCCGCAGUGAGGGGUGAGACAGCCUGGCCCUGCUGCCAGCCUUACACCACCCACCCUCACGGCAGGGGCAAAGGACAGGGACAAAGGACAGGCUCAUGCGUGGCUGGCGCUGCCAUGGGGCACUCCCACGGGUGCCUGUGUGGUGGCCACAGCAGUGAGCUGCUCCUCACCCCAGAGCAGGCUGCGGGGGCAGAUGCUCCUGGGCAGGAGGACGCUGGGGCUGCGCUCCAGCUGAGCUGCUGCUGUUUGCAGUGAGCUCAAGGCCAUGCAGAUAAAGCCUGCGCACGGGCACAAGGGAAGCACUGAGCUGGGCUCUGCAGCUCCUCCACAGCUCUGCGGAGAGAGGGCAGGGCUUGAGAAGGGUAGAAGGCACAACUCUGUCACAGUGUCCCCUGACCUGCCUUGAGAGCUCUCUCGGCCUGUUGUGAUGGCUUAAGAGAGGGAAAGGUCAGACCGGAGAGCAGGGAGAAAAAUCUCCUGCUGAGGGUAGUGAGAUCCUGGCCCAGGCAGUCCAAAGAGGUGGUAGAGGCCCCAUUGCUGAAACCACUGCAGGUCAGGGCCUCUGGGCUUCCAGCAACCUGCUGUAGCUGUAGGUGCAGGGGUGGGGCUGAACUAGAUGCCCUUUAAAGGUCCCUUCUCAACCCACACCGUUCUGUGCUCUGUAAAAUACUCUGCACCCAGCCAGACUGAAGCCCAAGAGGGACUCAAAGGGAGGCUGCAGUCACUCUGGAGCAAAGUAGCAUGUGCUGGGCUCCAGCUGGCCUGGCCCAAGCUACACUAUGUCCAGCUCGGAAAGCAGCUUUGCUCUGGGGCUCCUUAGCCUGGAGAAGAGCAGCCUGAGAGCAGCACCUGAUCACUGAUGGGCAAUAGCUGAAGGGUGGGAGCAAGAGGAUGGGGUCAGGCUCCUUUCAGUGGUGCCCAGUGACAGGACAACAGGCAUAAACCCAGGAGGCCCCCGCUGACCAAGAGGAGAAACUUGUUUGGGAGGAGGGUGCUGGAGCCCUGGCACAGGCUGCACAGAGCAGUUGCAGAGUCUCCUUUGGAGAGAUGCCAAACCCACCUGGACACUGUGAUCCUGGGCACCCUGGUCUGGGUAACCACCUUUAGCAGGAGGGGUGGCCUGGAGUAUCUCCAGAA